ACCCUCAUCGCAUACUGUUUCAGUAGAAACACAUCAACAUUUUGUGUGUUUCAUGGCUGAUGCAUUCAAGUUAACAUCAUCAUCACAGCGUGGUCCUCCUAUUACGCAGCAGACCAGCGGUUAGACCGGCCACCAACAGCAGGUUGUUCUUCGCCCACCAGACGAUUUUCUCCAAACAGCCGAUGGUGAAAACCUCUUCACCGACCAAGCUCUCCUCCAUCUGAUUCACCCCGAAACCGCACAUAGUGUUCAGCACCGUCUGCAGGGGAAAACCGAACAGAGGAUGUUGGGGCCGAUUGAGGAAACAAACAUCAGACCCAAGCUCCAAGCAUCCAAACCUCCCUAAAUGAAUCUGGUCAUCUCACUCCGUCUCCUCUGUUAUUUGAGGACCUGUUUGAGGACCAUGGGGUUGAUGGACAUCUUCUUAUCCAUCAAAACUAAAGCAGAAAACUUCCUGAACGAGAAGAAUGUGGUGACAGACUUUCUGGGGAAACUGGAGGAGAAAACAGGGAUAAAGAAGAAGAUCAUUGCUUUCGGUGCCAUCUCACUGACAGGACUCUACCUGGUGUAUGGAUAUGGUGCUUCUCUCCUCUGCAACCUGAUUGGAUUUGUCUAUCCAGCCUAUUAUUCAAUCAAAGCCAUCGAAAGCACAAAUAAAGAAGACGACACCAAAUGGCUGACGUACUGGGUGGUGUAUGGUGUCUUCAGCCUGGGAGAGUUCUUCUCCGAUAUUUUCCUCUACUGGUUCCCGUUCUACUACGCCUUCAAGUGUCUCUUCCUAGUGUGGUGCAUGGCUCCCAUUUCGUGGAAUGGCUCCCAGAUCAUCUACAACAGAGUAGUCCGACCAAUCUUCCUCCGCCACGAGGAAAUGGUGGACAACAUGGUGAGUGACCUCGGAGGGAAGGCCAUGGACGCUGCAGAGAACCUUACCAGAGAAGUCCUGUCCACUCUGGUGAAGAAUAAAGCUCUGGUGAUUCCAACAGCCCCUCAGCCCGAACCAAAGAGAUUACCGAGCACAUCGUCGGCUAAAGUUGCUCCAUCAGAGCCAGAAGAAGAAAGACCAUGGUUUAGAUAGCAGCAGAGGAAGAGGAGGAGGAGCUUCAUGAGGAAAAGGAUCAAAGAGCAAGGCUUUCCUCUUCAUCAUCACACAGCCCAGUGAGAGGAACACCUUCUAUCAAUGAGAUUGAGUUUUUUUUUUUUAUAUCAGAUGUUAUAUUUAUACCAGUC